AUGUUAGACAUCUGUGAUGCCAUCAGGUUGUCUCUCUAUCCAAAAGGAAUUGAGAAGAGUAGGAAUGGUCAUAUCUCCCUUUACUUAGCAAUCACUGAGACGGGAGAACUUCCUCUUGGUUGGGAAGUUAAUGCCAGCUUCAAAUUGUUUGUAUUUGAUCAGAUACGGGACGAAUUCAAUGACAUAAAUAGCGAAUGGGGAUUUGCCAAAUUUCUUCCCCUUGAUACCUUUAAUGAUGCUUCUCAAGGAUACCUUGUCAAUAACUGUUGCGUAUUUGCUGCGGAGGUUUUUGUUCAUGAACACAAUGUCAAAAGGCAGUGUCUUUCCUUUAUUGUAGAACCCUAUAACAGCACUUUGACUUGGAAGAUUGAAAAAUUUUCGACACUGAAUGAAGAAUAUUAUUUUUCUCAAGAAUUCACUGAUCGAGAUUCAAAAUGGAAGUUAAUGUUCUAUCCCAAAGGAGAUUCUACUGUAAAAAAUCCAGCCGUAUCAGUCAACUUGUUCUUAUGCGAUUGUCUUCCAUCAGAGCAAAAUGUUUUUGUAGAAUACAAGCUGCGCGUAAGGGAUCAAAUCAAAGGAAAGCACAAAGAAAAUAGAGCUGAAGAUUGGUUUUCUUCUUCAAAAGACUUGGGUUAUCCAGAAUUUUUGCUCCUAAAGGAUCUCAAUGAUGCAUCAAAAGGGUUUCUUAUGAAUGACACUGUACUUGUAGAAGCAGAAAUUAUAGUGAUGUCUAAACUUAAGUAG